ACACCCUUCCUUAUCGCCCUCUGUUCUUGACACUUCAAAUCAUCACUGUGACGAUCAUUUUAUUAAUGGCUAAUCGCAGUUUCCUGACGGUGUUCGUAGGACAUAUUAGGCCAGGCUGAAAGAUGGGUGUCUUUUUAAUCUAAUUAAUAGUGACUUGGCGGUUAUUUCUUCGGAAAUUGCAGGUUAAAUAGUAGGUUCUCAUAGGAGACUAUGUCAAAAUGGCCUCGCCUAAGGGAUUACCAGGACCUGGUUUUCCAAAAGGAUUCAACAAAGAUGACUUUAUCUUCAGCAAAUUAUUCAAGUGUGUGAACUUGAUUGGACAAAAUGUCAUGUGUGAUGUAGUAAGAGCAAUGUAUUCACACACAUCAAUUAAAUCUGAUGGAGGCACUAAGACUUUGUACCAGUACCUGCAAGACAUAGGUUGGAGUAAAAGGACUAUAAAAGAUAAAAUCACAAAAUUGCAUAAAGAACUCUUAGAUAAAGACCUAAAUGAGGUAGAUUUUGAUAUAUCUUUUGCAUUUGUCAUCAUAACAGAAGUAUGUAAAGAUCUUGCCAAUCAGUUGAGUGACGCUGCUAAAAAGGCUGUCGAAGAUUUGAAAAAAAUGAGAAAUAAGAUUUGCCAUAAAUAUGGUAUUGCUUGUGAUGAACUUAUUCCCAUGACUGACAACCUUAAACAACUUCUUAAAGAUAUAUAUGAGGGCGUAGGUGUUGUUGUUGACAAGGACUUCUCAGAUAAUACAAAAUGUAUGGAAGAUAACAUACAGAGUAUUGUUUCUGCUGAAUUUUACCAGAUGGAUUUAGACACUUACCUAGAGGAUGUGAAGAAAUUUAGAGAAGAUUUAAAGUUCCACAUGAUACACGAAGGAAACGAAGAGUUUCAGUCUUCAUACAGCAGAUUGCGGAUUCUGAAUCCAUGCAUUUGGAUGACUGAGGAAGAGGUAGAAAAGACUCCUUUAAGUAAGUAUGAAGUGGACACAAUCUUUACUCCUUUGAAAAUAGAGUCCACCAGAAGAAACAUUGAAAUAGCAGACAUUUUCACUGUUAAAAAAAGAAUCAGAGGCGCUGAUCAGGAACCAUCUGCUCUUUUGAUGUAUGGAUUGGCUGGAUGUGGCAAGACUUCUCUAUGCCAUUAUGUAAUCCAUGGAUGGUGCAAAAAGGAUGAAAAUAUAGUUGGUCUUGAUCAUUUUGAUUUAAUCAUCUUUGUUGAAGUUCGCAGAGCUCGAUCAAAAUCACUGAUUGAGUUUCUGAAAGAAGAAUGUAUGGCGAAAACCUGUCAGAAAUUUGAUUCUGGUGACAUAAUACCAACUUUGAAGGACCUUGAUAUUCUUGUGGUCGUAGAUGGUUUUGAUGAAGCCAAGAAAGGCAAAUCUCUAGAUCUUGUAAAAGAUAUUUUUUGUAAAUUUUGUGAUCAGCGUAUCCUUCUAACAACUCGUCCUGAAUACAAGGAAGAUGCAUUUUACAUUGCUAAGACUUUUGAUGUUUCCUAUCUCCCAAUCCAGAUAUGUGGCUUUGAUGAGCAGGGUUUAAAAAUUUUUUCGGAGAAGGUAUUUGGGGCAGUGGAGAGAGAUGAGAGACGCCGCCAGAAAGAACUUCGCGAUUUCCUGCAUUACAUGGAAACUACUGGAAAAGUUUUGGAUGAGCACUUGAAGCUUCCUUUAACCCUAUCUCUUCUCAUAUAUCUUUGGAGGGAGGAUUCCUCAAUUGUUUUCAGAAUUACUUCAGCUACCAUGCUGUAUCUCGAAAUCUUCAGGCUUUGUCAAAAAAGAUUAAGUAAUCGGUUAGAGAAAAAGGGCAGAAGAGAUCUUGAGGAGGAACUUGAUAAGAUAUUUUUCUGUUUAGGACACCAAGCUUGGUCGCUGCUUCUCGAAGGAGAUCUCUUGUGUUUGACAAAGAUGGAAUUCAAACAUGUGAAGGAAGAAUGCCAGAAGAGAUCAGUUGAUGUAUUGGACUUUUUAUCCACCUAUUUGUACUGUGAAACAGAGGAGAAUGAGGACAUGUCGGAAAAAGUUUUUGCUUUUCUGCAUAAAACACAAAUGGAAUACCUAGCUGGAGCAUAUUUAGCUAAUAGCUUAACUUUUGCCAGCUAUAGAAAGCUUUCUUUUGCAAAUAUUAAUGCUGAAGUGGAAGGAAAAAGUGAAUGGCAAAGUUUGCUUGAAGUUAUCAAGUACUUGACAGGAAGUUUGGCAAUUACAGAUAAUUUGACAGCAGGGAGAAUAUCAGAAAUAUUUGGGAUACUGGAGAAACCUAGUAGUAUUCUGUAUGGAGAUUUCAACUUUUGGUGGAGUUUUUACUUGGAAACCCUGAAAAAUAAGAUUGCUGGGAAUGAAAUUAUUGACCGGUUACCUCAUUUAGAUUGGACUUUGAAAGAGAAACAAGUUAUUUCUGGGCUCAAGUUUUACCAUGUUCUCAAUGUGAAUCUGAAUUCUCUGGUCAUUGACAUCCCAAUUGAUGUUGAUCCUUAUGAUAUCAAAGAGUUAUUACCUAUUCUGAGAGAUAUAAGAAGAAAGAAGUUAGGACAAAGAAGGGCAAAUAUGCCAAUAGUCCCAGUAUUGACUGAAUUACACUUUUGGAAUCAUGACAACUACUCUAAAAGCAAACUGUCAGAUGAAUUCAUUAUGACUUUGAACCCCUGGGGUCACCUCACCAAUUUCACUGGCAGUUUAGGGGAGCGAGAGGUGUUGAGUUACUGCUUUAAGCUGAAGGUUAUUCGCGUUAGGCUGAACACUAUUGAUGCUGUCAGAGCCUUCAAACAAAGUUUGAGCAGGAUUUACAAAAGUGUCAAUACGCUUCGUAUGACCCUUGGCAUUCCUUUCAGCUGCCAACCAUCAGAUUUGUGCGAUUUGCAAUUUAAGGACACAUUCGAGUUAACGCUGAAGGGAACGAAAGAUGAACAUAAGGACUGGAUAGUAGGAGUGGUGAAGCAAAUUAAUGGAAGAAAUGGCUGCUUGAAAUUGUCCCUGUUGAACUCGGAAGUAACCUAUGAGACCAUUACCUAUCUUCUGGAGAAACUUAGGAAUGAUAUACAUGAGAAGAUUACACUGGACACAAUUAAUAAGCCACCUGAAAAGCAAGUGGAAGUGUUGAAAAAAUUGUCGAUAAAGGUUAACACAGAAAUUAAUUGGCUUACAUCCUAAGAUAUGAUUUCAGUUCCUUAAUACUGCUCUUAAUUUUACAUGUGAAGACUGGUAGAUGCCUGAAGAAGAGGCAAAGUUAAAAAACAUGAGAUCUAACUAAGGAAAAAAGACAGACCUGCCUUGCCUCUUAAGGACUAAUUAGCCACUGGAAUUGGAAAACUAGAAAUGCUCAUGUAGCUCAGCUGUAAAGAAAAGAAACUUCUGGAAACUCCUGAAUGCAGAGGCUGAAGAUUGGAAACAUGCUUUGCAAGAUAAAGUUGAUGUUGAAGAUUCAUUAUUUGGCAAUAAUGAGUGUUCUCUUCAACAGUUAAUUUAGGCAGCAGCUGUAGGUGGUGAAGGCUUUGUGUAUCAAAAGUCACAUCAAGUGAAAGCAGAUGAUGUGAAUGAUAAUUUAGCAAAAAUGUGCCAUGGCACAAAUCAUGGUGCACCAACGAAAUAGUAUUGAUGUAAGGCAUUAUAUAUUCUAAGGCUUCAUGUGAACAACCAUCUGUAUGAGUCAAAGAUAAAAUCAGCUGACUUCAUGGAACACAAACAGUUUUAUAAGUAAGACUUCAUGAGAAAAUCAAGGAUCAUGUUUUGCUUAUUGGGAAUUUUAUAGCAUGAAUGGCAUUUGUGUGAAUGUAUACACUAUAUGAAGUGAGGUUACAUUAGUACAACCAUUUUAUGCUAUUGGAAUAAAGACAUUGCAGUACAAAUACCCGUCAUCUCAGGCCUAAUUAUGGAAAUCAAACUUGACUCAUAUUUUGGUAGUGUAACUUUGAAUUGUCCAUGGCUUAAUCUAAUUGAAAAUACAGCAUACAGGUAAGUCUAUUUUGGGAAUAUGGAUAUUUUUGUUUUUGUAAUAGGCGUUGUUGAUGUCACAUGAAUACGUUUCCUAGCACAGUAGUCUUUUGAGUUAGUUUUUUAUCUUUUCAGUGAAUAUAUUUGAUGGAUCAUUGAGAAUUCAGCCGUUUUUGGUUGUAACAUUUUUGCUUGGAAGAGACACAUCCUUGUGGCCUACACUGUGCAAUCUGAUGGUGAUAAAUGAUAGUUUUAGCCUCCUAAUGUUAAAAUAAGGCCAGAUGGUCACUGACAGGUAAACAUACUUUUGCAGAAUAGGUGGCCCAUAUUUGGAAAAAUACAAAUGGAAAAUGUAAACUUACAUACAUGAACUGCAUAUUCUGUGGGAAAGCACUCACACUUACUCUGUGGUUACCUAUGAAUGUUAUGAUAAUUUCCUCUUCUGUUUGGAAAAGAUUGUGUUCUUCGUAAAUGAUUCACUUCACAUUCAAGUGACCUGUAUGUUUCUGAUGAUUCACUUCAUUUUUGGGUGGCCCUAGUAUGUUUCUGAUGAUUCACCUCACAUUUUGGGUGAACUGUAUGUUUCUGAUGAUUCACUUCACAUUUGGGUGACCCAAGCGUGUUUCUGACAAUUCACUUAAUCUUUGGGUGACCUGAGUAUGUUUCUGAUGAUUCACUUCACAUUUGUGUGACCUGAGUAUGUUUCCAAUGAUUCACUUCACAUUUGGGUGACCUGAGUAUGUUUGCAAUGAUUCACUUAACAUUUGGGUGGCCCAUGUAUGUUUCCAAUGAUUCACUUCACAUUUGGGUGACCCGAGUAUGUUUCCAAUGAUUCACUUCACAUUUGGGUGACCCGAGUAUGUUUCUGAUGAUUCACUUCACAUUUGGGUGACCCGUGUAUGCUUCCGAUGAUUCACUUCACUUUGGGUGACCCGAGUAUGUUUCUGAUGAUUCACUUCACAUUUGGGUGACCUGAGUAUGUUUCCGAUGAUUCACUUCACUUUGGGUGGCCCAAGUGCCUGAUGCUGUUUUGACUUUCUUCCUCAUCAGAGCAGCAAGAGCAAUACCUUUAGCUGGUUGCUGUUAUUAUUGGUAAUUUAAAAACAAUUAAAAGUUCUAACUGGUUUUUAUUAUAGAUUACAGUAUUUUAAAUAAUAACGGUAACAAAUACAUCUGGUUAUGAUAUAUUUUUGUAACAACUGACAUUCACAGCUGGUUAUUAUUAUAAAUUAACUUAACAAUUACAUACUAACAUCAGUAGCUGGUCAUGAGUACUGUGAAUUCAUUUAACUGUGUAUUAAUAUCUAUAGCUGCUAUAUUAAUUUGACAAUAAUGACAGCUAUAGCCGAGUAUUUUUAACAUUAAAAAGUUCUGUAACAUAAAACUGCACCUGAUUGUCAAAUUGAUAAGAAAUAUGGUAAUGGCUGUGGCUCAUUCAUGAUUAUAAACCAAUUUAACACAGUUAUACUAUACAGGUAGCUGGUGGUUGUCCUAAAUUUAUUUUAACAGCAAUACAUAGUAGCAAUAAUUAGUUACAAUUAUUUUAUAGUGAUUUAAUAACAGGAAAAGGCAUUGCUAACCUUUUUUUUUUAAUUUAUAUCUCUAUUUUUGACAAGCUUUUAUGUCAUUCUUAAUUUGUAUCCCAUUGUACACACCACUUUGACUUCCACAGACACACUUCAUCUCUGACUAACAGGACCUCAUUGAAACUGGAUGGUAUUUAGUGGAUUUCUGUCAAGCAUCCAGAUAGUACUUGACAAUGAGAACUGUUAGUCCAGGAAAGCUUGUAACUUUUUUUAAUGAUUAUCUCUGCUAGAUACUUUUUCAGUUUCAAUGAGGUCCUGUUAGUAAUUGUAUCAAUGCACGGAACAAUUGUGUAAGUGAUCAAGUGACUUUAUCUGUUCCAGAUUGUAGAAUGCACUGUGCAGUCUUUCUUACUUUUCUUCCGUAACUCUCAUUAUAUCCCCAGGGUCCUUGUUGGACGAGUGGUUAACGUGCUCGCCUACUGAUUCAGUAGGGCGAAGUUUAGUUCCCUACUUUGCCAACAUGGAAUCAGAGAAUUUAUUUCUGGCGAUUAGACAUACAUUUCUCGAUCUAAUGUGGUUCGGAUCCCACAGUAAGCUGUAGGUCCUGUUGCUGGGUAACCAAUUCGUUCUUAGCCACAAAAAUAUUUAAUCCUUUGGGCCAUCCCUAGGAGAGCUGUUCAUCAGCUCAGUGGUCUGGUUAAACUAAGAUAUACUUAACAUCCCCGACAGUCACUUUCGUUAGUAUCUGCCAGUAAACAUGAACUCCUUUCAUUCUUUCGUAAUUUAAAUUUGCCUUGAUUUGUGCCGUCACAUUCAGCAACUAAUGGAAACUCACUCCGUGGACAGAACUGCCUUCUCUUGAGACAGCAUCUCUCCAUUUGUAUCAGAAUUUUAAAGUUUAUACAAAAUUCAUAGAUGGGCUUACAAAAAAUGAGUAGAGCUUGCUUGUUGCUUUUGGAAAGUACAAAGAGAGAAUAAAAACAUAGGAUAUGGUGCAUGAAUUACUACAUACCAAGAAAAUGUUUUUACAUUGCCCCCCCCCCCCCCCCCAAAAAAAAAAAAAAAAAAAAAAAAAAAAAAAUAAAAAAAAAAAAAAAAAAAAAAAGCCAAAUUGCAGACCCCUGUGAUGUUGUUUGAGAUUAAGCUAGACCUUAUGCCAGCACCGGCUCUUGCUCAUAGAGCAGCCCGUAAAACCCCCCCGUGAACAGCUAAAAUCGUCACAUACUUAAAACCCCUCUGAAAGCACAUAGAACUGCCUUGGAUAGUUCAUUCAGAAAAAAAACCCUCAAAAAAUGCAUUUAGCCGAGUAUAUUUUAAUAGUUUUAUCGCAAAAAGUACAUUUAAUCAUGAAAUUGAUAUGAAAAUACAUUAUCUAGUGAAUAUAUCUCGGUGAAAAAUACCACGAAUAGGCGAAUUUUCCAUGAAUAAUGGCUAGGUAUGUUCCAUAGAGAAACUUGCGAAUAGCUGAGAACGUGAAUAUGGUGGGUUCACUGUACAAUCAACCCCUGCCAUUCGUCAACUCGCCUAUUCGCGGAUUUCUGUAUGGAACAUAUAUACACAUUAUUCGUGGUAGUUUUCAUUGAGAAAUACAGUAUUCACAGAUUGCUGUAUUUUCAAAUAAUUUUUUUGACUAGAUGGACUUUUUGUGAUAAAACUAUUAAAAUAUUCAUUUAUUAGCCUUUUUAGAGGCUUUUUCUUGUGUUGGAACUAUAAAAAUACAUAGGCAGUUACAAGCAUAUUUAGAGGACUUCUAAGUAUUUGCAGAUUUUAGCUAUUUGUAGAGUUGUAUGGAAUGCAUCCCCUGCAAAUACGGGGCUGGGGGAUGGCGUUUGCUGUAAUGCCAUUGGCACCCAAGUCCCUUAAACGUUUGUGAGAUAAGCUGCAUCACCCAGAAAUAUGGUGCUUUUUGAAAGCCAGAAACUAACCCUCCAAGGGAUCCGUGUGCAAAUUUUUUCCCAUAAUUUCUUUUGGCAUUUUUCAUGUAUAUAUUUAAUAGCUUUGUUAAGAAAUGUUUGCAAUUUUAUAAUAUCAGACUGUGAUGCGAUGUUUUAAUGGAUAAUUUUGUUGUGUCAGUUUUUAUUUUAUGCAAUAUGUUUGUAUAGAGUAUAUAUUUUCCAUCUUAAGAUCCUCUGUCUUUUUUGUUUUGUCUGUGAUUUUAUGGACGCUCAUGAAAACACACACGCAUAAAUGCAUUGUGAGUUUUUGUGUGAAAUGGACUUCUAUAAUAGUGCACAAUUUAUCAAAUUAAUGAUUAGGUUUAUUAUCCUUUCAGGAUUAUUUAGACCUUUUUUUUCAUAAGGUAAAGGUAGUCCUCGAGUUAUGAUGUUUUGAGGUGCGACAUAUCGAAGUUACUAUGAUGAUCCCAGUUACAAUAUUUUAAAGUUACGCUUUUGAUACUGAUACAACAAUAUUGAAAAUAUUAUAAAUCUCGCAGGACAGGCACAAGCAGCAGCAUACGAUGUAUGAUAUGUUGCUCUGAGUAGCUGAGAUGUCCUUCGCUCUUGCCCUGACCAAUCCCUCACUCCCUCUCCCAUUCUUGUUUGUGUUUUGUAGUGUCUCUCUCUGUAUUAUCAUAAGUCUUGGUCAUUGGUGCACUGGCUGUGAAAUCCCCAAUCUGUAUUGCACCUCCAGACCAAUUAAGAAUAAAAAAGAAUUAGCUGAUACUAAUAAUUAGACCAAUUAAUAAUAAAAGAGAGUUAACAGUACAAUACAGUAUUAUAUGUAUAGAUUAUAGUGUAGGCUAGGCUGCCUCCGAGUUACGAUAUUUUCAAGUAACGUAAGGGUCACAGUAACGUAUCCCCAUCAUAACCAGAGGACUACCUUUGUAUACUGUUUUUAUUGUUGCUUUGAUGUUUUGAUGAAUUUUAUCUCCUGAAGGUGAAUUUUUUAUUUGAACUGUGAUACUACAAUUUUCAAAGAAGUACAUACAGUAUAAUGUGGAUUUUAUAUUUGUACUCAAGUAGUUUAUGAAAAUUUCUUCUUUUAAAUAAAGCUUAUUAUUAUUA